UCCAAAGUUGGAUGCAGCAGUGCUCCGGUUAACCGUGCACGAGGAGUCAGCUGGUGCUGCAGUCCGUCAGGAAUCCAGAGACAAGGAUGGUUCGUGCCAAACUGAAGACAUCAGGAACCCUCAGUCUGAAUCUAGUUUGGAGCUUAAAGAGGAAGUUCAGGAUGUUUCUGAUCAGAAGAACAUGUUGGACUCUGGAUUCAACAGUUCAAACUGUGGGAAGGAGAAAGACAUUGAAGGGGAACCCCACAUCAGAGGUCAAAAGAGGGAUUUUCACUAUCAGGCGUGUUUACUGGAAGCAGAAGAGAAAGACAGAGAGAAUAAAACUGAAAAGGGAAAUGAAGAGAAAUGGGUAACAGUAAGGUUUACAGGUCAGAUGGACGACUCCAACAAACCAACAGAUGUGUGUUUUAUCAGAGCACCUGCUGAUGGCCUGAGGUGUGAGGUGGACAACGCUCUGAGCUGCCUGAUGGUGAGCGGCUCAGAAGAGCUCGUCAGCAGAGUGAUUCGUGUAAAGGUUCAGGCCGGAGACACCUUCCACUUCCCUGUAACCGUGGCUGUGCCUUUCUGUUUGCGGCAUCGCAGCAGCCACAGGGAGGUGGCUGUAAAGUUUGUUGAUGAGGAGAAGAGAGAGAGCUACAUCACCCCUGUGACAACAGAUGGACCACGUGGAGGCCAAAAGGGUUGUUUUGCAGAGGUGAAAGUGUACUCCUUGGGCAUAUUUGCUGUGGUUUCAUGUCUAAAAAGAGAAACGUACAAUGUUUCCAAGAGGGGGUUGUCACUAAAACUCCCCAUGGACCCUCGGAUCUGCCUGAACUACCUUCCAGGAUCCUUCACUGCUCCAGUAAUGGUCCAAACAAUGGUCCAGCCGGUGGACGCCAUCCUUCUGGCUGCCGUGAAGUCCAGGAAUGAUGCCUACGAGUUGGUGGUGUCUGCCAGCCCGCUGCUCCACCUUACCCACCCAAAGUCACAGCCACUUAGGAGACCCCUUACAGUCAUGCUUCCAUGUCCACUAAAUCCUGAUAAAAGGGAGGAAACAAGGAGAAAACAAAUCCAAGAACACCAGAUUAGGGCUCCUAAUUCUCUACUUCCCUCAGAUAAAGUAAGACUCUUUGGUGCCGGUGUGAUGGCUAAUGAGAAGUCCAAUGAGCUGCUGAUUCUUCUUGGCUCAAGAGACAAACAGUGGACAGUUCUAGAUAAAAUUGUCAUCAGGAACCAGCAGAAUGGAUUGGUGUCAUUUGAUCUGAUAGAAAAAUUUGACAGGCUGCUCGUAUUUCGUCUCCUCUCACCACUGCUGCCUUGUCACCUCACCGCUCUGGCUGAGGAGCUGGAGGCCUCAGCCUGCCGCCACUCUGUGUCCGUUGUCCUCCAGUGUGGACGGGACAACCCUCACAGCGUCCUCCUGGCUGCGUUGCCUAGCCGAGACCUCGGCUGGGAGCUGAACAGACUGCGAGCUCAGGGCUGUGGUGGCAUUGUGGAAACCUCCUCAGAGAUUUCCCUGUGCGAAGGAGAUCAGCUUCUCCUGCGUUUCAGUGGCAACAUCACAUCCACAGCUUUCACACAGAGCAACACAGUUGCGGAGCCACAUGACCGGCUGACCUUUCACUGUCAGCGAAGGAAUCAGCUUCUAGUACACCUAACUGAAGUGGACCCGUUCGGGAACUACAGCUCACCUUGUUACAAGGGUACCGCCAUGCUUUAUAGAGUCACCAGAGCUGAGCUGGAGUGGAGAGGGGACAAAGCUGUUCUGAGAGAUGAAAAACUCCUGGGAAAACCAGUUUGUAAACUGCCUCUGAGUUUACCAAAGAAAGUGAGAGUCAUUCAUCGGCCGGUUGCCACCAGAGUGAAGAUUUGUGAGGAGGCAGAGCCUCUUUCGGACGCCCUUCUCCUCUGGCUGUCUGGGGAGCUGUCUCAGGAAGAAACGGCUCUGCUGGUGUCCUCCCUGCGUCUCAGUCGAAGUGCAGCCCAGCUGGUGAAGCUCCGCUCCAGGGACAUCCCAUCAGACCAGGCCUUCCACAUCUUGGCCAUGUGGAGACGAGCUCUGCCUGCUGUGACACGCCACCCCAAGGCCUCCCAGCUCGCUCAGAGCCUGGCCAAAAUAGGCAGACCAGAUCUGGCCAGAGAGGUACUGCUGCGUGAGACAGAACUCUCUCUGAAAUAG